AAAAAAAAUGUUUUAAUUUGGACAGUGAAAUUUAUGUCUUGGAAAAAAAUACAUGGUCAUAUGUUCUAAUUUUAUAAUCGUAUCUGCAUUCAUGAUCCUGUUUGAGUGCCAGUCAGGAAUUGCCGUUUCAUUUGCUCGACUGCUCGUGUGCACCAGCAAGAUGUCACUUGACAAGAGGGAGCCCCCCAAAGAUUGCAAGCCCCCCGACAGUGCGCCAAAACUGCCGGUGCCCGCCUUGAAGGACACGCUGGACACGUACCUGAGAUGCGUCAAAGAGCUGCUCACUGACGAGCACUUUCAAAAAACCCAGGAGGGGGUGAAGCGCUUUGGCGCCCCUGGAGGUCUGGGGGAGCUCCUGCACCGCAAACUCCUGGAGAGGAGGGAGCAAACCACCAACUGGGUGUACGACUACUGGUUGAACGACAUGUACCUCGACAACAGACUGCCGCUGCCGGUCAACUCCAGCCCGGCCAUGGUGCUCCCGUUCCAGAACUUCGCAGCUCGUAUCGAUUCUCUGAGGUUUGCCGCCAACUUGAUUUCUGGAAUUCUUGAGUACAAAAGUCUGCUUGAUGAACGUGCGUUACCUGCCGAGUACGCCCGAGGGCAACAUGCCGGAACCCCGCUUUGUAUGGAGCAGUACUACCGGAUCUUUAGCGCCUACCGUCUGCCGGGGCAGACGAGGGACACCCUUGUGGCACGGGACGGUAGAGCGGCGCCAGAACCGGAGCAUAUCAUUGUGGCUUGUAAGAACCAGUUUUUUGUCCUGGACGUGGUGAUCGAUUUCCGGCGUCUGAACGAGCGAGACCUCCUGACUCAGCUGGAGAGGAUUAUUAAAAUGGCUGACAACCAAGACGAGCGACAGCCGCCGAUCGGCCUUCUGACCUCGGAUGGCCGCACGGAGUGGGCAGAGGCCCGGGCCCAGCUCAUUAGAGAGUCUACCAACAGGGACUCUUUGGACCUGUUGGAACGCUGCCUUUGUUUGGUCUGUCUGGACGACAGCAGCAAGGCCAAGCUGACGGACGCCGCUCGGGCCAUGUUGACGCUACACGGCGGAGGAGCGGCCCUGAACGGGGGCAACCGGUGGUACGACAAAAGCAUGCAGUUUGUCGUAGGUGCCGACGGUUGCUGCGGAGUCGUGUGCGAGCAUUCGGCAUUCGAAGGGAUCGUUCUGGUGCAGUGUACGGAGUACCUUCUCAAAUACAUGAACCGCAGCCCUUCCAGGCUGGUCCGGGCUGCGAGUGUGACCGAGCUGCCAGCACCGCGACGACUUCGCUGGAAAUGUACCACGGUCGUGCAUAAACUUCUGGCAUUCUCUGUGGACAGACUCUACAGGCUUGUGAAGAAUCUCGACCUGAACGUCCACAAGUUCAACCGUUACGGAAAAGAACUGAUCAAGAGGCUGAAAAUGAGUCCGGACGCCUUCAUUCAGGUGGCUCUUCAGUUGGCCUACUACAGAUGUCAUGGCAGAGCAGUUUCCACCUAUGAGAGCGCCUCCAUACGUCGCUUUAAAGAUGGCCGAGUGGACAACAUUCGCUCGGCCACGCCGGAGGCCCUGGCCUUUGUUCGAGCAAUGACCAACGGGAACGUGAGCGCGUGUGAUGCAAAGUUGCAGUUGUUACAAGCCGCCAUAGCAGAACAGACAAAGAAUUCGACACUGGCUAUCGCGGGGCUGGCAAUAGACAAUCACCUACUAGGAUUACGCGAGAUGGCGCGAGAACUGAAAAUUGAGAAGCCGGAGAUUUUUCAAGAUGAGGCCUAUCGUAUCAGCAAUGAGUUCAUUCUCUCCACGAGUCAGGUACCCACGAAGUUUGAGAUGUUCUGCUGCUACGGACCCGUGGUCCCCAACGGAUACGGUGUGUGCUACAACCCUCAGUCGGACCAUUUUGUCUUCUGCGUUUCCAGCUUUAGGGAAAGUCCCCACACGUGCUCGUCACAAUUUGUCAAAAGUCUGCAGCGGGGGCUAUUGGACAUGAGCGAUUUGUUUUGCAACAGCAAUCCGCGUGAGCCGAGAAAGAGUCCGACCCUGGGCCCACCCGCGGAGAUCCCAGAACCAGGAAGUGCCACUUGCUCUCUUGUGAAGACACUGAGCCAAACUAAACCCGAGUCUGGGAGUCAAGCAUAACAAAUAGUAUCAAUGCUGCAAUACAACGUGGAAGCGUAACUUUUAAAAGCGUCUUGACUGUACGUGCCGUACAAAUCCUCCGAAGAAACAUUGCCACAGUGAUGCCAUUUUUCAAGUUCUGAUGAAACUUGGUUGAUAUUUUUUUCCUCUGUUGUGUUUAAGGCCAAUUAAUUGUCGUGUGCAUCGCCCACUCGAACAAUCGAAGGCCGCUUCUCAAAUACACGGCUCCCAUAUGGAAAGGGCGGGGCCGCCAAUUUGAUCCAAUCACCUUUACGACGCCGACGUGAAGCGUUCCAACAAAGCAGACGUCGGCGUGGACUUGCCAGCCCUGCAGCGAGGGCAGAUUUAAAGAGGCAUCUUCGCAUUCAUGAAGAUAAAGUGCUGCAAACAUUCCUUGUGGCUUUCUUACAACUUCGGAGGGCGAAAACCCCUCUCGAACAAAUUAGUCCCGCCUCCAGCCGUACUGCAUUAUUGAUGGGAACCGAGAAGAAAAUGAUACACGAUGUAUGUACGUACUGUACAACGCGUAUGCCAGGUCGGGAGCUCCGCCCGUACAGUCCGGGGUACUAAUAAAAGGCCCACUUUUAAAAACCGUGUGAACAAACAAAACCCACGGCGACUAAUUUGAGGAAAUACCUUCCAUAUCUUUAGAUGGCAUACUGUUAUCCUUAUUUGGCUGUAAUAAACGGCCAGCUGUUGAAAAAAAACACAAGAAUGUACCCUAAAUUGAAUACUUGAGCCACUGAAUUAUUUACUAUUCCACAAAUAACAUGAUUUCAGUUCUGUGUUAUAAGGCCAAGUGUAAAUGUAAACCGGUAAUUGAUCAGUAUUUACAAAAAGGAAGAAAUCCCUGCUUUUAUGUGAGGACUGUACUGUGCUGUGACUGUGAAACAAAUUAUAUUUAUUUUUGAAUAUACUGUAAAGCCGAGUUUUACGUGUGCAAUUGACAACAAAAUCUGUGACCACUGUUCUAAUGUGCAUUUUGUUAAUAGUAAUAAUAAAUGAUGGACUUAAUGUUGUACUUGCUGCUCAUAUUAGCUGGUGUACGGCCAUCAAAACACAACAACUGGUAAUAA